CGGAACGUCAACAGUGAAUAUGUUUAAUAGUCAGUUUGUGCUUUAGAAAAUGGACUCCUCCGCUUUUCCUUCUGGGUCAUCUGAUGAGUUGGACUCAAAAUCGGUACAAUUAAGUAGUGCAGCAGCGACGCAUCCCACUGAAGGUUUUGCUAAUGCCGCACCGGUAGGAAUUGACGAGUGCUACGACACAAGUAAUGCUAGGCGUGGCAUUGCGCUUAUCAUCAAUCAGGUGAUCUUUAGCAGCAUGGCAGUGCGCGUCGGUAGCAGUAAGGAUCGCACCGAUAUUAGCACGGUAUUGCAACGAAUCGGAUUCGAGGUGCGUGUGAUGGACGAUCCGAACAGAAAGCAACUACUUUCCGCGCUCAAGCAGCUUGCCGGUGAGGAUCACUCGCACAGCGACUGUCUAGUGGUGGUGGUGAUGACGCACGGCAAAGAAAAUAAUCUACUGUACGCUUCCGAUAAGUCAUACGAAGCGAACCAGUUGUGGGAACCGUUCAUUGGCGACGCCUGUCCAUCGUUGAUCGGUAAGCCGAAGUUGUUUUUCGUACAGGCCUGCCGAGGCAAGAAGCUUGAUGAAGGCGUUAUUCAAGCAACCAUAAGCAUAGAUUCCGUCGAUACGCAAUCGUCACCGGGCUCGAUGCGAUACGUUAUUCCGGCCAUGGCAGACCUGCUGGUCAUGUACUCCACGUACGAUGGCCACUACUCGUGGCGCAAUCCGAGCAAGGGGUCUUGGUUCAUCCAAUCGCUCUGUGCCGAGCUUGGGGCGAGUGCCCAUUGCAAGGAGCUGCUGCACAUACUGACUGCCGUUUCGCGCCGGGUAGCGUAUCACUAUCAGUCGAACGUUCCGGAUAAUGCCAAAAUAGAUGCAAAGAAGCAGAUGCCCUGUAUGGUGUCCAUGUUAACCAAGCUGCUCUAUUUGAGGCCAAAAAAAUAGGAGAAACACCAUAAUAAAGACCAAAAAGUUUGCUUCCGAAUGACGAAUGUCCGUCAUGAUGGUGUGGCGAGAAUUAUCGUAAAAUGUAGCCUCUCUGUUUUCAUAACAUUCAGGGAAAUGGUCCAGGAACUAAAGUUGUAAUAUCUGUAAGAAUUCCCAGGGAUCAUGAGAUUUUUUACUAAUACCUUCAAUGUAUUUGGAACUAUCACGGAUAUCUUCGGCAAGGCCACAGGAAUGGUAUGAUAAUCUGGAGGUGUCAGAGGAGUUCUUCUAUCUUAGAACGAUGAUAAAUUCGAGUAAUUAUAUCAUCAGCGGAAUCCAGGAACGUAUUUUUCCAGGGAAUAAAUAAUAACUUGAUCCAUAAAUACAUUCUUUUUUCUGUCCAUUGCUUAAGGUUUUUGUUGUUUUUUAUCCAUUCAGCUUGUUCCAUUGCAGAAUAGAUUACGAUAAUGCCGUCACUGAACAUGACAAGAGGUUUUUGGCGGCCUGUUUCCAAGAAAUUUCAUGCGUAAGCAAUUAAAGCGAUUUCAGAAAUGAUAUCAGUCAAAGAAAGAUAUCGCGCUAAACGUAGUGAUACAAAACGGGAAGAGGUUAUCAAAAGUGUAAAGGGGGUACAUUUGACUAGAAAUUUAGAGUGUGCCACAUUCCAAAAAUGUAUUUCUACUGGACGCUUACUUAUCCUACUUAUCCUAUCCUUAUCUACUGGACGCAUCUUUUGUUAAAAUAA